AUGAUGACGACGCCGCGCCGGAUGAGUCUUCCGUCUUCGUUGGCCACCAAAGUAGGACAUUUUCAUUGUUGUUUUCCAGUAUUAACUAUUUUUUACAGGAAGGACAGCGAAUUCAAGUCCCCGAAGGCGGAGAGCUCGUUUGCUACCGUACCGAAGGCGAUCGUCUCAUUCUCAAAGUAGAAUACUCGCGAGAAAUGGUAAGUAAUGUCUUUUUGAGCGGCAAUUCAAAAAGUUUGACACUUUUCAGAUGGUGAAGCUCUCGGCGUCCAUCUUCUGCCACCAACGGCCCUUGCGACUCGCCGUCAUCGCCGACGAAAUGCCCGAAUUGCUCGGAUGUCCCAACCCGAUCCCGGCUUGCGGCACGCUCCCCGACCAGGAGCCGCCUGCCGAACCAUCUGACCAUUUGCCCUCCUUCCGGCUCUUCACCCCGCUCCGAGGCCCUGUUACCUCGGCCAACGAGGAAAUGCGCACGUUGAGCAGCCAACGGGAGCUCGAGAAACGGCUCAUGGAUUUUUCGAUGAGCAGUCCGUCCGGCGGCUAUCCGUGGGGUGGAUUCGAGACGCCGAUGCAGGCCAGAGGAGAUCUUCGCAAUCCACGAUUCACCAUGGAUUCGAUAAAUACUGAUAUUUAA